UGGGGGUGUGGCGCCCUAUGACCUAUUUGCCGCUGCACUGGAUGUUGCAGUGGCUGGUGGCGGCGGCCGGCAGCAGGGAGGUGGCCGUGCCGCUCGCCGUGCUGUGGCGAUGCGGCGGUGGCCCACGAAGCGGCAGGACGGCUGGGGCAGGCGUGAGGGCCCUCGGAACCGCCCAGCAGGUGGACCGGCUGGAAGUCGUGAACAAACAGUUUGUGGGUGUUAUUACUGCCCCUGGGACAUCGUCUGAGAAGUUUGUGUGGUUCAACAUCGGCAGCGUGCACACCUUCGAGCGCAACCUGGAGACCGUCCACUGGGAACUGGGCAUGGAGCUCCCGGAGCAGACGGCCGUGGUCUACACCACCGAGAGCGAUGGGUCUUUCUUGUGAAGCCUGGUGCCCACCUUUCUCCUGAUCGGAAUCCUCCUCUAUGUCGCAAGGAGGGGCCCGAUGGGGGCUGGGCAUGGCAGAAGAGGAGGGGGCCUCUUUACCGUUGGCGAGACCACAGCCAAGAUCAUGAAGAACAACGUCGGCGUGCGCUUUGCAGACGUGGCUGGUUGCGAAGAAGCCAAGUUGGAGAUCAUGGAGUUUGUGAAUUUCCUGAAGAAUCCCAAGCAGUAUCAGGACCUCGGGGCCAAAAUUCCAAAGGGAGCCAUGCUCACUGGUCCUCCUGGUACCGGCAAAACGCUUCUCGCCAAGGCGACUGCAGGGGAGGCCAGUGUGCCCUUCAUCACCGUGAACGGGUCCGAGUUCCUGGAAAUGUUUGUCGGCGUCGGUCCAGCUCGCGUCCGUGACGUGUAUGCAAUGGCCUGAAUAAAUGCUCCCUGUGUCUUGUUCGUUGAGGAGAUUGACGCGAUGGGCAGGAAUUGAGGCCGUGGGCACUUUGGGGGCCAGAGCGAGCAGGAGACCCUGAACCAGCUGCUCGUGGAGCUAGACGGGUUCAGCUCUACCACGAGCGUCAUGGUGCUGGCGGGCACCCACCGCCCCGACAUCCUUGACCUGGCCCUGACGCGGCCCGGCCGGUUUGACCGUCAGAUUUGCAUUGGCCCCCCUGACAUCAAAGGCAGGUCGUCCAUCUUCAGGGUCCACCUGCGUCCACUCAAGUUGGACGAGAGCCUCAGUGAGGACGCCCUGGCGAGGAAGCUUGCGGCCCUCACUCCAGGCUUCACUGGUGCUGAUAUUUCUAAUGUUUGCAAGGAAGCGGCCCUGAUCGCCACCCGCCACCUGAGUCCUUUUGUCCAGGAGAAGCGCUUGGAGCAGGCGGUUGAGAGGGUCGUCGGAGGUCUCGAGAAGAAGACGCAGGUCCUACAGCCCAGCGAGAAGAUGACGGUGGCCUACCGUGAGGCUGGCCACGCGGUGGUGGGCUGGUUCCUGGAGCACACAGACCCCCUGCUCAAGGUGUCCAUCAUCCCCCGGGGCAAGGGGCUCGGGUAUGCCCAGUGCCUGCCCAGGGAGCAGUACCUGUACACGCGGGAGCAGCUCUUCGACCGCAUGUGCGCCAUGCUGGGUGGCCGGGUGGCCGAGCAGCUGUUCUUCGGGCAGAUCACCACGGGGGCCCAGGACGACCUGAGGAAGGUCACCCAGAGUGCCUACGCCCAGAUUGUGCAGUUCGAGAUGAGCGAGAAGCUGGGCCAGGUGUCCUUCGACCUCCCCUUGCCUGGCAAGGCACUGGUGGAGAAGCCGUACAGCGAGGCCACGGCCCAGCUCAUCGACCAGGAGGCUCGGCGGCUGGUCAGCUCUGCGCACACGCACACCCUGGACCUGUUGACGCGCUCCCGGGAGCGGGUGGACGAGGUGGGCAGGCGGCUGCUGGGGAAGGAGGUGCUGGAGCGUGCCGCCAUGGUGGAGCUGCUUGGGCCCCGACCCUUGGCGGAGAAGACCGCCUACGAGGAGCUCGUGGAGGGCACCGGUGGCCUGGAGGACACGUCCCUUCCCCAGGGGCUGAAGGGCUGGUGCUGGGGGCCGGAGGAGGGCGGCACGGAGUGCCCCCUGCAGGAGAGCCCAGCCUAGCGCCCCUGCCUGGAGAGCAGCCUCCGGAAUCUCCAGAGAGCAAAUUAAAACGCGUGAUAAUCACAAAUGGGUGUUUUCAGGUCAGGGUCCUCUGAGCCCACGGGGAUUCCAGCUCCCAGAACGUGCCCUUCCACCGAGGCGGGGGCUGGGACCCUGUUCCCGAGUCAGAGGGGAGGGCAGUGGCCGAAACGCACCUGCCCCCUGGGGGCCUGUGUGUAGGACCCCCCUGGGCCUCCCCCGAGGUGGGUGGUGGGCUCAUCUGCCGGGGAGAGCUGCCCAGCGCGGGGACAUCGGUGCUGGUCACCUCACCUGCCCUGGGGAGAGACGGGGCGGGGGCUUUUGGCCCAGUUCAGAAAUCCUCCAGGUCUGGUGAGGUUCGGAAUUGAGGAAAGGAGGACACUAGCCAGGCGCCCAGCACGCAGCUGUCAGGGUGCUGGAAGACCAGUCAGUCCUUACGGAGGGGCCUCGCCACUUCCACACGCGGGUGUCUGUGGGGGCUGAGCCUGAGGGCUGCCCCAGCGGAGCCACCCCUGUUCUCAGGGUCGGGGCCUUGCCAACCCUACGUCUCCGGGAAGCUGUGUUCCUCGUGGCCCGUGUUGUUAGGGUCCAGGAGAGGGGGCUCUGGGUUGCUCCACGUGGUAGGACAGCCACCGGGGGCCGUAGCUAAGCUCUAGGGCUGAGCCUUCCAUUCCCCGGUUGGUCCUGGAGCGAGACCAGGGCCCAGCCCCGGGGAGUCGGGGUUAGUGGAAAUGGCCCCGCGGGUCCCCAGAACACGGCCAGCGCGUCAGAGUCGUCAGAAUUGUGACAGUAGCAGCAGCUGCUGCCUUGCGGUGGGUGAUGUGGGCUGACUGCGAGAGCAGGGGCACCGCCCCACGUGCCCGCCGCUGCUGUCCCGGCCAUGGCCACACGCUGGGCCUCAGGGAUGAAAUUUGCCAAAUCGUUUGCUAUGUUUGCCUCAAAAAUAGAGUUUCCAGCUUGGGACAAACACUUUCAACUUCGUUGCUUGUGAAA